CUUCCCUUUUAGGAAGAUCGGGCAAACCGCCGCGGGGUUCCUUAUCAUCACGUGCCAGAGCGGAUGUAAAGGAUACAAGAUCGGCCGAGUCCGCCGGUAAUCGCGAUGUCGUGAUAUCCUUACUUCCUUUCACUGCCCAUCUUUGUCGGCAAUUGGGAUGCUGGUUCUAGAAUCUUAGCAGUCAUGACUUUCAGAGACCAGCCCACGGAGACUUCUCCGUUGCUGGGUAAGCACAGAGACAGCCAUGUUCCUGCCGAUCCUUUACCGACGGGAGCAGUUGCAGACCCCGGAUUGGUUGAAACAGGUGAAGAGGUUAUCGAGAGGGAGAGAGCCGUCGAAACGGUGCCUGAGGCUAGACAGCUGCUGAAAUAUAUAGUCCCUGCCAUUUCAAUAGGGAUCUUCCUGUCUGCAGCAGACCAGACAAUUAUUGUAGCCAGUUAUGGCAAGAUUGGCAGCGACCUCAAAGCACUCAAUCUUACAAGUUGGAUUGCUACUUCAUAUUUCUUGACACUGACCUCUUUCCAACCGCUAUACGGGAAAUUGAGCGAUAUCUUUGGUCGCAAGACAUGCCUGCUUUACGCAUACGCUAUCUUUGGAAUGGGAUGUCUCUUCUGCGGACUGGCACGGAAUAUCAAUGAACUAAUAGCAGCUCGUGUUUUCCAGGGAAUUGGAGGCGGUGGAAUGACAACCGUCGUCAGUAUUCUGAUGAGCGACAUUGUCCCGCUUCGGGACCGUGGAGUAUGGCAGGGUGUUAUUAACAUCAUAUAUGCAACCGGUUCCGGCACUGGAGCUCCUCUAGGUGGUAUCUUGGCGGACUACAUCGGCUGGCGAUGGGCCUUCCUCGCACAAGUCCCUCUCUGCUUUCUAGCAUUCAUAGCCGUGUCAGUUAUGCUAAAAAUACCGGCCAGAGACAAGACCCACUGGAAAACAAAGCUACGCCGUAUUGACUUCUUGGGAGCCAUUGUCCUUGUCGGUGCCGUGCUUGGCUUCCUCGUUGGACUAGACCGUGGCAGUAAUGUAUCAUGGAAGCUGCCCAUUACCAUUGUCUCUCUGAGCAUUUCGAUAGCAUUGUUCGCUUUGUUCGUCAUUGUGGAGGUCUAUGUCGCUGCUGAGCCGUUUGCACCCGGUCAUAUCAUCUUCGACCGGUCUCUCUUUGCUUGCUAUGCCUGCAAUUUCUUCAGCUUCGGAGGCUGGUUAGCAGCGCUGUUUUAUCUUCCCCUGUACUUCCAGGCUCUGGACGGUGUCUCCGCCACCGGUGCUGGUAUCCGCCUCUUACCCUCUAUUGUCGCUGGCGUUUCCGGAUCCCUUUUCGGUGGCUUCGUGAUGCGAUGGACAGGGAAGUAUUACUGGCUCACAGUUAUUGCGUAUGCUUUGUUGACUGGUGGUCUCACUUUUAUCUUCCUCUUUUCCGGGGCUGCCACAGAAAGCCUGGCUGGCAUGACGGUAGGCAUGGUUAUGUCAGGAUUCGGAAAUGGAAUUGGCGUUACUACGACGCUGAUCGGAUUGAUUUCAAAUGCAACACCCGACGAUCAGGCUGUCGUGACAGCAUGCUCAUAUCUUUUCAGAUCGCUGGGCUCAGUCAUCGGCCUCUCGUUGUCCUCUACAGUCAUCCAGCAACUACUCCGUGAGAGACUUAGAUAUGCCUUGCGAAACAGCAAGGAUAUUGAUCGCAUCGUCGAAGGAGUCCGACAGAGUCUCGACUAUAUCAAGACGCUCGAGCCAGGUGUUCGUCAAAUCGUGAGGAGCUGCUACGGCUCGUCAACCAACAUUGGUUUCGCCUUCAUGAUCGGCAUUGUCUUCUUUGCACUUUUCAGUGCCUUCUUCAUUCGAGAAAGGCCCCUCAAUCGAUAAACACAAAGUUCUUGGAAGAUCCGCUAGAUGUUUGAAGAUUGAUGAUAUAUACGACCCGCAAUGAUACGAUGAGUGGGAUAGAGUCAUAUUGCAUUCCAAGACAAUUGUUCUUGGGUCCUUUGAAUCCCCUUUUUAUAUAAGAAAAAAGCGAUAUGGCAGUUGUUUUCAAGAAGUCUCCGCUGUAAGCGGAAGUUUUGCAGAGUACCGUACCAGUGGCCCUGUUGAAAAGUAUUUCUGUUAUAUGAAUCAAAAAGAAUCUUGUUUUAGUCAAAUUGUAUAUUUCUUUUUACCAGAUUGGAAAAAGUCAGCUGUCAUCCUAAAAACAAUGCAUAUGCUUUCUAGUUACGAUCCGCUU